GCCGCAGCCGGGCCCAUUGUGGCGUAGCGCGCGCGCGCGCUCCUCUCCCUAGCGGCGGCGUUCCUUUGUGGCGUUCCUUGGCGUCGCCAGCUGUCCCCUCACUCUCGCCCUUCUCUCGGCGUGCGCAGGUUCGGCCAAGUGUGACACACGAAUGCCGCGCUGCCGUCGGCGCUGCUGCUGCUGCUGCUGCUCGGCGUAGCUGCUGCUCCUGAGGCGGCGGCCCUCCUCUUCCUCCCCUCUCCAGCGCUCCGCCGGUCCAAUCGGAAGCCUUCGUCUUGGCGUGAUGUCAUCGGAGGAAGACUCGCCCGCCGAGGGCCAACUCAGUUUCGCACGCGCCGCGAAGGCCAAGAGGAACACGUCGCGGCUCCCGCGCGUCGACGCCGGAGAAGCGAGAGUCGCCGUGGCACCCCCUUCGAACGGAACCUCGUCGCUCGACUUGCGCUCGCCUCCGCUGCGCAAUGGCUUCAUGAGCGGAGACGAGCACCUGGAGCCGCACCAGGCUGAGCGCGGCAGCGCGCACCUCCUCCGCGACAUCCUACAGGGAGGCCGCGGAGUCGAGGAGGAAGACGACGAAGACGCUGCGUCGGCCGACGAAGAGGAAGACGAGGAGCGUGACGAAGACGACGACGAAGAGAUGGCGGCCGCCGCCGCUGCGGAUGGUGCGGGCAGCGCGCGGGGCGCCUCGGACGACGAGACGGACGCGAAGAAAGCGCGCGUCGAGAGCAUCGUGUCCAACAUGCGCCGCGGAGGCAGCAACGGAGAGGCUCCGGCCAGCGCCCCGGCGCCGGCGGUCAACGGGUGCAAGAAGCGCAAGCUGUACCAACCCCAGCAGGCACUGUCCGGUGCGGCGGACGACGAACUGCGGCUUCGCAGCCGCGCCGGGGCGGCCGACCGCGACUCGUUCCGCCAGGAACUCCUCAGGCUCAAGACGGAGGUGGCCACCAUGCAGCAGCGGUACGACGAGAUGAGGAGCGAGGAUGAAGACGACGAGAUGGAAGAGGACGGCGCCGCGUCCGACGACUCGACCGCCGCUGGCGGUCGGCUGAGUAACAACAACAACAACGACGACGACUGCCGGGAACUGACGACGCCCCCUUCGGAGCUGUCGACGGACGCGCCGCGCUCCUCUCCGCUGCGGGACGUCAAGCCUCCCUUGCGCGGCGGUGGCGACUCUACAAUGGUUAGCCCUCCGGGCACACCGCCGGACGACUUCCGUCACACCCGGCUCUCCGACGCCCCCCGGCAGACGUGCAUAGUGAGACCUCCGCCCAUGGUGUUUCCUCAGGACAUGGAGCGGUUGGUGACGACCAUAAAGACCGAGAUGGCGUACGUCAUACCGCGAGUGAUCGACAACGUGUUCUAUCGUUACGCGCGCAGCCAAGCACCCGACGGCCUGGCAGCCGCAGCGACGGCGGCCGCGGCGGCAGCCGCAGCCGCUGUCCAACAGCACCCUCCCCCGGCACCGACGACGGUUGCGCGGAGGCUGGACGGCGCGCCGCCGUGUCGGGACGACCAGCGCAGCAUGCUGACGCAGAUGCUGGACCGCAAGUCACCGCGGACCAAGGUCCUGGACCGGAACCGACUGAACGGCCACAGGGGUUCUCCCGGCGGUCCCACGGAGCGUUCCUUCUACCCGGGCUCAUCGUCGACGCCCCUGAAGAGUAGGCACACGCCUCCGUUCUCGUCUUCGUCGGAGCCGGUGAUUCCCGAGCAGACCGAGGCCAUGUCGCUGGUGGUGCCGACCAAGAAGAAGAGGCACAAGGUCACGGACACGCGGCUGGUGGGUCGCGAGCCCGGCAGCCCCUCGUCCAAGGAGUCGCCGGGCGGCGGCGGCGGCGCGGGCUUCCCGCCGCCGCCUCUGGUCCCUGUGUCUCUGAACACGUCGGUGGCCAUCCCGAACCCGAGCCUGCACCACGCGGCGGCCGACGUCUUCUUCCACCACGUGGACCAGCCUCGGCUGUACGAGGAGCAGCCGCUGCCCCUGAUGCUGGCCGCCGCCGCCCACUCGCCCGCAGAGGCGCCCCCACACCGGUACCCGUCGCUUGCGGGGCCCAGGGCCCCGCCUCCGCCGCCACAGGACAACGACUCGGAUAACAGCCAGGAGUACGACUCCAGCAUGGCCAUGAUGUCGUUCCUCAAGUACUUCAACGGAGCCGGUGGCCCUUCGUCCCACGCUCCGGCCGCGGCCGGUCUUCCGGGAGGCCCGGGCAGCCAGAGCGGCAACCACGGGAGCAGCAGGGGCGACAACGCCUCGGUGGCCUCGGACUCUCCGGGCUUCAAGUCUCUCGGGGGCGUCGGCAGCGGCGGCGGCUACACCACCACCCUGACGCCCAUGCAUCUGCGCAAGGCCAAGCUCAUGUUCUUCUACGUGCGGUACCCGAGCUCGGCCAUCCUCAAGAUGUACUUCCCGGACAUCAACUUCAACAAGAACAACACCGCGCAGCUCGUCAAGUGGUUCUCCAACUUUCGGGAGUUCUACUACAUCCAGAUGGAGAAGUACGCCCGUCAGUCUGUCAGUGAAGGCAUCAAGAACGUUGAGGAGUUGAAAGUGAGCGCUGACUCGGAACUCCUCAGGGUCCUCAACCUUCACUAUAACAGGAACAACCACAUCGAGGUGCCCGAAAACUUCCGGUACGUGGUGGAGCAGACGCUGCGCGAGUUCUUCCGCGCCAUCGUAGCCGGCAAGGACCAGGAGCAGUCGUGGAAGAAGGCCAUCUACAAGGUUAUCGCCCGGCUGGACGACAACGUGCCCGAGUACUUCAAGUCGCCCAACUUUCUCGAGCAGCUAGAGUGACGCCGGGCCCCGCCUCCAGCCCUGGACCUGCUGGCAGCCGCAGCCGCCAUGAGACCGCAACCGCCGGCGCCAUCUUGCUGGUGGCGCCUGGCCGCGCCGCCAGCGCCGCCUCUGCCCCCGACGGCGGCGGCGGCAGCGGCAGCCGCAGCAGCAGCGACGGCAGCAGCGUCCUGGGGCCGAGUCUGGUGCCUCUGAGCCGCAAAUUGCAGGAUGGCCAUUCACUUCCACGAGAACGAAACCGCGGACCGCGGCGGAGGGAAACGGCGAAGACACCUCGCGAGGCGACGACUCCGACGCAACGCGAGAAAAGGCAGGAGUAUCCCUCCGCGCGCGCAUGCUCCGAUGGGCCGCAGCGUUUACGAUGAGGUAAAACAAAGAAAAAAAGCGCCCUCCACAGCUCCACCGCACGAGCAACUUCCUCCUUCGACGCACAGUUGAACGGACGAUGCCUCUCCACAACACAACCUGUGACAAGGGACCUUAGCAGGCCUCUGCUCCAGCGCCUAUCUCCUGGAGUACUUGGCUCAUACCCACCCAACCAGGAGGUAUAGUGUCCGGUCCUGGAGCUCGCGUAUUCGCACAAAGCAACGCUGCCUAGAAGAAGACGUCUUCCCUUAGCACCAACCACAGCCGCUACCAAGGGCGAACAAGCCACCUUCUGCAGCAGGGGUGUCUUGCAUCGCCGGAUGACCAGUCCAGGACUGCUCCCAGUGGAGACGCCGUGCCACCGUAUUGCCGAAGACGUCUUUCGAUUGCGUCAGCGAGUGAGCUUUAACUAAAGCUUCUUUCGUCAUGCAUUGACGUUAGACGUGAGCUUCUGCAGACAACGUGAAGAUCGCUGUGCUGUGGUUUUCAUCUUCUUGCGGAGUAUCUAGAAGAACUGUCCACGGAACUGUACAUGCAAGCUCCGCCAUCUCACUGGUGAUCUUAUACAGCAAAGGGAGGAAGGAAGUGCUUCGAUCGCAGUCCCGGAAGUGACGUCACACGCACGCGAGCUGGCCGCGGGCUGGACAGAAUGCUGUGCACGUGAUAUGACUCGGCAAAUUCGCGAGCCUCGCUUCAACGAGUGAUGACGUCAGGGGAAGAAUCUUUGUUUCGCGCCUAGUCUAACCGGCAUUCCAAAGGAUCUCGCCGGCUGUUUCUCCGUUGUCCCUCAACAAAACAAAACAAAAACUGGAUGACUUACGAUCGACAUUGCAUGUGUGUGCGUGCGCACGUGACGUGACGUGGUACAGCACCUGACUGUGCUUGCGUUGCCGUCGCGUCACUCGAGCAGACGACAGGCAGACGGAGGACAGCAUGCCGUUCUGGAACUGAUGUACUGCUGCCGCAGCACAUGCAAUGAUGAGUGUUUGGUCUCGGUGAUUUCAAGAGGUAGGAUCUGCAAAGCAUAUCUCAUUGUGACUAUACAUAUAUAUAGUGUUGACUAACGGUCGUAACCGUGCCCUUCCGAGAAUCUUGUACAUAGUGCAUCAUACUAUAUUAUAGAGAGCGUGUGUAAAGGUAUCGCAAAGCGACAUUUUGCUUUUUUUUGUUUUCGCCCUCAGAGUGUAAGAUGUUCGUAUACAAUGUCACACUGGAUAUGGUAUAUAUAAUAUAAAGAAGCACUCCACCAAAGACUAGCAUACACACACAUACCUGCGAUGUUUUUUUUUUCUUUUUCCUACUUAUCUUUUCAUGUCAGGGGAGAACUUUAGGUGCAAGCUCAUUCCUGAGAAACAGCAAACAAAACUUAACCGGUAUGCUGAAACGUGGUCGGGACGAAGUGGGUGUGGCACCAGUUUUUGCGCAGUCCUGUAUACACACAUCGCCAUUUAAAACGCGAUAUUUUUUUUUUAAUCUUUAAGUCAAUGCAACAACGCGUAAACACGCGGCAGUCAAAACACUGCCAGCAGACCUUAGAUUUCCUAUCGUGAUUUAUAUCUUAUCUCUUACUUUCUUUUACACGAUGCAGAGAGAUCAAAACGCACAUAUACAUAGACGCAAUUCAUCUUGCUGUACAAAACAACACUGUGGACAACACGUUUCGAAGUACGUGUGCCCGAAUUUUUCGCUUUUUGUCUGUCUCUUUCCAAAAUCUUUUGUAGAGAGUGGUGCAUUUGUGUCGGUGUAUUUGUGGUGUGUUCGAACGUUUGGGAUCACGUGUGACUGUGACUGUUCUCUUUAUCACACUUUUAUUUUUUAUUUUUUUGGUGGCGUGCCACUGUUCUGUCCCGGUUAUGUGCCGUAUACAGGCCCUCGAUGUGCGUCCAGCUGUCUCAAGGAUGCUGUAGGACGGCAGUUGUAUUUUAUCUCUCUCCUUCUCGCUUACUUCAUUAGUAUUUUUGAUAUAUUACUCCUUCCUUUAGGAUAGGAUGAGUGCGUGAAGUCCUAGUCGGCAGGGCGCGCUAAGGACUGCGCGCUUGCAGCGCCCUCCGUAGGUGUGACCCGCUGUGUAAUUUGUCUGUCGAGUCAACUUUACUUUUUCUUCCUCCUCAUAUUCCAUCUCUUAUCAGUCUUUCGGAUUGGCUGUAUUGGAAUCCUCCCUACACGCAUGUCUAGUCUGGUUGAUUGGUUAAUUAACGUCUAGUAGUAACUGUAACACAAAGAUUCGUUUCCGGCCUUUGAAAUGUAAUGUACACGCCAUAAACAGGAAUCUACAUAUUGCUAUCCGCAGUCAUUGAUCCUUAGUUACGCAGACUGCUGGACGGAAACGAUAAUUCAGAUUUCCAUUUGCUUGCCUCAUGAGAAGUAGUCUCCAAUUCCUCCGUAUCGUAGAGACAGCUGCAUUGGCAUUGUACCUCAGCAGCGAUUUCGUAAAUUCGCACCAUUUUCUUGUAGUCUUCUUUCCCUCACUUCCCAAAGGUGGUGAUCGCAAAGCUCGUAAUAAUCUGGAGGGGACACUAAAUGGAAGUGACUCAGAAACCAGGCUAAGCUGGCUUGUAUACGCCCAUAUGCAUUUCGGAGCUCUCAUUUCACUUGUGACGUCCCAGAGAGCUGUUUCGUAAAAUUG